AUGAAAAAGGACGUUUCUUUUGAAUGGGAUGAUGCAUGUCAAAAUGCUUUUGAAAGUAUAAAAAAAUAUUUGACAUGCCCACCUGUGCUAGGAGUCCCCAUUAAAGGGCGACCUCUAAUAUUAUAUACAGCUGCAUUACCCAUGUCUUUGGGGGCAUUAUUGGCCCAAGUUAAUGAUGAGGGAAAGGAGGUUGCUUUGUAUUAUCUGCGUCGUAUGAUGCUGGGGGCAAAACAAAACUAUCCGGGUAUGGAAAAAAUAUGUUUGGCCUUAGUUUUUGCAGCCCAGAAACUUAGACAUUAUAUGUUAGAGCAUACUAUUCACUUGGUAUCUCGGGAAGAUCCUCUCAGAUAUAUUCUUGGAAAAUUAGUUUUAUCAGGUCACUUAGCAAAAUGGGCAAUGUUUUUGACUCAAUUUGAUAUUGUCUAUGUACCUCAAAAGGCUGUUAAAGGACAGGUUUUAGCAGAUUUUCUAGCUGCUCAUGCUUUGCCAGGAGAAAAAGAGAUUGAAGAUGAUCUUCCCAACGAUGAAGUUAUGACUACCUUCAUAGCCCCUUCAUGGGUCAUGUAUUUUGAUGGAGCCAGUCGAGGAACGGGGGCAGGAGCUAAGGUUGCAUUUGUUACUCCUAAAGGAGAAUCUCUACCAUACUCUUUUACAUUGACUUUAGCAUCAUCUAAUAAUGAAGCUGAGUAUGAGGCUCUUGUCAUUGGUCUCGAAUUAGCAUUAGACUUACAUCUUGAUCCAUUGGUAGUCUAUGGUGAUUCACAACUUGUUAUACAUCAACUGAAUGGAAAAUAUGCUGUCAAAAAGAAGGAAUUGAUCCCAUAUUUUCUAAAGGCCCAGGAGUUAAUCCAUCAAUUUCAAGAAAUUCAAAUUGAACAUGUCCCCCGAUCUUAUAAUCAUAGAGCGGAUGCUCUAGAAAGUCUUGCGGCUUCAUUGGCUAUCUCUCCGAACACUACCCUCCAAAUAAAUAUUGAAACGAGGCGGGUACUAUCAUCGAUACUUGAAGAGUCACCACAAGAGACAUUAACAUCAUCGGCUAUUUCGGCUUACAUUGAAGAGGAAACAGAUUGGCGAAAACCCUUACUGGAUUAUCUCAACCAUGUAAUUGUUCCUGCAGAUAAUCACCAGAGAUAA